AUGCAGUGCGCGAACAAGGCCGCUGAGAGCGCGUCUGCACGUCUCUGUGCAGACGCCGAAGCAGAAACCGCUGCAACGGAUGUGUCAUCGGUUGCUAAAGCGUCUCGGCCUGUAUCACCUGGUGAUGCAGGCGCUCGUCAUGAAGACACUCAUGUCUUCACAGAGUAUGAGGUCGGUGUCUCAUACUCUCCUGAUACUGAAGAGGAAUUUGUAUCGAAGGUGGUUGAAACCAAGCCGCCUGCCAAGCGUGGUAUGGAUGAUGCUACGCGUCGUAGCAUCUUUAUUUCACCUGACGAAUCAGAUGAACCAUCGACAAAGCGAAGGCGCUCGAGAUUGCAAGACUCGGGCGCUCGCAGUGGUGUCGGUUCUCCUUUUGACGCCACUUCGCAGCAAGGUACCAGUACUUCUGUCAGCACGUCGCAGGAAGAGCGGGACCGCAACGUGUUGCGUCUCGCUCCCGAAAAGAAGGCAUGGCUGCCUACAAAGUCAGUCAUGGAUCGCUUGUCGGCGACGACAAGUGAUCGUUAUCGAACACGAUUGUUCGAUUCGUCAAGGAUCCAUCACCUUGACCCCAGUGAGAAAGACUAUCGCACUGAACAUGAGUUCUUCAUCGAUGCUUUCUUUGAGCAUUGA